AUGCAGCCUUCCUCGCUAAAUAUUUCUUUGAGAAAACAACGUGGACACAUUUUUACUAUUUAUCUUUUGAUUUGGAUAUUGGUUUUCCGGUUUACUUUGGUGUCUCCACAAUCUAUGGAGAUCAGAAAGACCAUCAAAGAAGAACUGUUACCGGGAUUUGUUAUUGCCAGUUUGGCCACAGAGCCAGAGUUCGUUAAAAUCGUCAGCAACGCAACAGAUGCGACCAACAAGGACUCCAGUUUCGGCGGGAAUCUUCAGUUUAGCAUCCUAACUUCAGGAAACCCCAACAGCCAGUUCUUCAAUGUCGACCCAACUACUGGGGUUGUUUCUUUGAAGAAAAUCAUCGACCGUGAACAAGUCUGCAGUUUCAAGGAUGAGUGUUAUCUCAGUUUUGAAGUUGCGGCUCGAUCUAUCUACGGCAUCUUUUUCCUUCUGGUGGAUUUCGUCAUCGUUAUCACAGACAUCAACGACAACCCUCCAGAAUUCACACAACCUCACCGAUCUUUCCAACUGCCUACCGCUUUCGAUCGAGAUACAGGAUUUAGGAAUGGAGUUAGUGAAUACCGGAUUUUGAAUGGGCCUCCUCUGUUCGGCCUGAAGGUUCGGGAGGCUGGAUUUAACAGCUCUGAAGUUUUCCUAACCCUGGAGAAGUCUUUCACUAUAGAAGCCGCAGCAGCGUACAAGGUUUUGGUGGGUGCAGUCGAUGGAGGCCUGCCACAACUGACAGGAACACUAACAGUCGAGAUCCAUGUCUCGGACAUCAACGACAACUUUCCUGUGUUUGAGCAUUCGAUGUACUUCAGGAAAAUACCAGAGGAUACAAGUAACGAUCAGAUUAUCGAACAGGUAAAAGCUACAGAUGCAGACGUGGGACCUAACGGGGAACUGAGAUACUCCUUCUCCGCUCUCCAGCCACCAGAUGACCUGAGUUACUUCAGAAUUGAUGCCCUGACAGGGGAGAUCUUCUUGACCAAGUCCAUCGAGUCUCGGACCGGUGAUGACAUUGACCUGGUCGUGGAGGCCAGGGAUCGAGGCCAUCCUCCAAAGGUGUCAAGAACCAGAGUUAGAAUUCUGGUUGAGGAUACAAUUAACAGUAUGCCUGACAUUAUCAUUGACACACUUGGGGGGUCAAAGGGCACAGCUGAGGUCUCCGAGUAUGCUGAGGUUGGCAAGGUCGUGGCCUACUUUAGUGUUCGGGAUCCUGAUAGUGGAGAGAAUGGAGAGACUAGCUGUAAACUGAAUGCUAAAGAGUUUGGUCUAGUCAAGCUAGAGGAUUCAGGCAAAUACAAGGUGGUGCUACAAGCAAGGCUGGACCGAGAGCAAGCUGACCGCUACAUUGUCACAGUGUCCUGUUCUGACAAUGGAUUUCCCUCCUUGCUGACCAGGGCAGAUUUAACUGUCAUUGUUCAGGAUGAGAAUGACCAGAAGCCAGUCUUCUCUCAAAGAACUUACGAAGCAACUAUCUUUGAAAACAACACAGCUGGAGUUUUUAUAACCCAAGUGUCAGCCAAAGAUGCAGACAUUGGCAAGAAUGCAGAAAUUUGGUAUGAGAUCAUUGGCGCCAACAAACAAUACUUUGACAUCAAUGAAGCAGGCAAAGUGUUCGCUAAAACACCACUGGACAGGGAGUAUUCAGAGAAAAUUGUCGCAACAGUUGUGGCUACCGAUCGAGGAACUCCUCCCCUGUCAUCAUCUGCUACAGUGAUUCUAACGCUGAAGGACAUAAAUGACAUGCGGCCAGAAUUUUCUCAAAUGAUCUACACAUUUGAGGUAGAAGAACAGCAGUCAGUAGGAAGAUUUGUUGGGAUUGUAUCAGCCUCUGAUAAAGAUAUCGGAGUUAAUCAAAAUAUCACCUACCAUUUUCCCAUCCCAGGUUCUGAGAAUAGCAAUUUUCUUAUAGGAAUCAAUGAUGGAGUUAUCAAAACCAAUGUGGUUCUCGACAGAGAGAGACAGGACUUUUAUGAAUUCCCUGUUAUUGCUGUUGAUAAAGGGGUGCCAUCGCUCACAGGCACUGCAACUAUCAUCAUCAAGGUACUUGAUAUUAAUGAUAACGAUCCAUACUUCCUGUAUCCAGUUCCACAAAACAAUACACUGUUUAUUCCUCAUACUUUUGACGAUCAGAGAACAAUUGUAUCAAUUCUCGCUUACGACAAAGAUGCAGGCCGUAAUUCAGAAAUUAUUUAUUCUGUAAGCACUGUGAAUUCUACAGCUAUAUUUGAUGUCAAUCCAACUUCUGGAGCCCUUUCGGUUACAAGACGAUUAACAGCGAAGGAAGUAGGGAUGUAUACAUUGAUGCUUAUGGCUUCUGAUCAAGGGUCUGACCAGGAAAGGUCUACGCAGACUCCACUGUAUAUUGAAGUGUUCUUCGACAAUGCAACACUGUUUUCAGCUGUUGGAGCAGCCGGGCCAUCGAAAGAAGUAAUUACGGCUGCAGUUGUCAUAGGAGUGACCAUUUUGGUGUCCAUUAUUGUUUGCAUGACCGUGAUCUGCAUUAGGAGACACAAAGCAAAAACAAAGUACAAUGGGGGUGUGCCAAAUUCAGCCUCCACGUCAUCCACAACAAAGCUGCAAGGCGGAUACUACGUUGCUCCAGGUGUCCGAGGAUCUUCCUCAUCAUUUAAUGGCAAACAUGGCGAAGGAACUGACAACGGCAGUGCUGCUCAAGAUCAAGAUGGGAUUCGAACUUCAAACCCUUAUGUGGUUUUCUUGCAGCCUCGUACAGGGGCUGAAGCAGCCUCAGAGAUCAUUGAGAUCUCAAGGAAUGGACUUAAUGACACCAUGAACACAUUAGACCUGGAUCAGACAGAUGAUGGUCAGUUCUCCACCUUCAGAUCUCAUGAUGAUAUUUUCGCUCCAGGUUUUAGAAAAGGAUCACUGAACAAACAGAAACUAGAUAACUCAUUAGCUAAGAGGUCAAAUGACACUUUUGAUGACACAUCAUGUGAUGAGAGUACUAGUGACAGUGGACGGGGAGGAAGUGAUGUCGAUGUUCACGCAGCUGCGGCUGCUGCAGCUGCCAAACAUGAUAAAGUUCGAGCACAAGCAGCUACCCCUAUUUCAGUUAAAAGUGGAAUCUCCCAUAGGCUGUCACCUCUUCUUCAAAAGGAAAGAACGUUUGCCACAUUCCGUGGAGACUCUCCCAGCUCUUUCAAGUUUGAUUCUGACAGUGACACACUAACACGCCAUCACCAGAAGUCUAGAGUCAGCCCAAUGCCGUUGAUAUCUUCAGAAGCAUAUAAAGAUCCAGUCAGAUAUGAACCAGGACCCUCAAGUGCCUUUUCUAACCAAGCAGAACAGCCCAAUGGAGGUGAUGCUAAUUCUGAACUCAUGUCUGCAGUUCGACCUCCCCUUCGGCCAUUAAAUCUUUCAGGGAUUUUCAACUCUGCAAAUGGUAACAACUAUCAGGCGCGUACUUCAAACAGACUACCCAAUAGAAUUAUUCAACAGCCUAUGUUUACACCUCCACCCACACAUCCCAGACAUGAUAGUGUAUCAGAUCACAGCGAUGGUGGAGGUUCGAACCCAAAUUCUCUAACCAGAAGGAAUCACAUUCCAAGACUUCCUUUAUACCCAGGUAUUGAGUUGACCCAUCCGGUGUUUGGUGUUCCCAACAGAGACAGCAUCAGUGCUUUCAGUAACAGUUCAUUUACGUCAUCAAAUAGUAAUAUAUUAGAUCCAAUUCAAGACCAUGGAGAUUUACAGUCUUACUACAAUAGCCAUCCUAGACCAAGUGAGUUAGAUCACAAUAGUUUAGACAGACGCAUCAGCAGUGGUAUCGGUGCGCCCCGUGACAAUAGCAGCUUCCAGAAUUCAGUAACUCAUUCUUCAAGCAUGAAUAACUGUGAUGAUUUAGCUAAUGACAUUCACGAUCCACGUCCCGUUAGCAUGGAUGUGGAUUUCUUGCUUCCACCUUAUCCAGAGGUAGAUGAAGAUGAUGAAGACAGUACAAAUGGCCAGUCAGGAUUUCAUGGAUUUAAUUCUCAAGGGGACGUGGAGAAGGCACUGAUCUCUCGAACAAAGUCUGAUUCUAGUGCAUAA